AUGGCCAUAGCUCGGGCAAUAAUCCUCCAGCCAACUCUCAUCAUCAUCGUGACUUUGCCUGUGAUAUAUUCCAUGACAGAAGCUGAAGCUUUGGUGAGUUUCAAAAGCUCCUUCUCCAACGCUGAACUUUUGGAUAGUUGGGUCCCCGGUUCUGCACCCUGCAGUGAAGAAGAUCAAUGGGAAGGUGUAACUUGCAACAACGGCGUCGUCACGGGGCUUCGCCUUGGAGGAAUGGGGUUAGUAGGGGAAAUACACGUUGAUCCAUUGCUUGAACUCAAGGGUCUUCGACAAAUAAGCCUCAACGACAAUUCUUUCUCAGGUCCCAUGCCUGAGUUCAACAGAAUUGGGUUCCUGAAGGCCCUGUAUUUGCAAGGAAACAAGUUUUCUGGGGAUAUUCCCACGGAAUACUUCCAGAAAAUGAGGUCUUUGAAGAAAGUGUGGCUAUCUGAUAACCUAUUCACGGGGAAGAUUCCAUCGUCGUUGGCCGAUAUUCCUCAGCUUAUGGAGUUGCACCUUGAGAACAACCAGUUUAGUGGAAACAUUCCCGAUCUGAGUAACCCGUCGUUGGCGAUAUUCGAUGUCUCGAACAACAAAUUGGAAGGUGGAAUCCCUGCUGGUUUGUUGAGAUUCAACGAUAGUUCUUUUUCAGGGAAUUCUGGUCUUUGUGAUGAGAAGUUAAGGAAAUCAUGUGAAAAGACAAUGGAGACCCCAAGUCCUGGUCCCAUUGAUGACGCACAAGACAAGGUUGUUGGUGACCAUGUGCCUUCUGUGCCACAUAGUAGUAGCUCAUUCGAGGUUGCUGGCAUUAUAGUAGCGAGUGUGUUUCUUGUCUCACUAGUUGUGCUUUUAAUUGUGAGAUCAAGGAGAAAGAAGGAGGAGGAGAAUUUUGAUCAUAUAGUUGGACAACAAGUUAAUGAAGGUGGUGCAGUGGAAGUUCAAGUGACUGCACCAGUGAAAAGGGUUUUGGAUGCAGCUUCAACUUCAAGUACACCAAUGAAAAAAACAUCGUCCAGAAGGGGAUCUAUAUCUUCUCAGAGCAAAAACGUUGGAGAGCUUGUGACGGUGAAUGAUGAGAAGGGCGUGUUUGGGAUGUCUGAUUUGAUGAGAGCAGCCGCAGAAGUGCUUGGAAAUGGAAGCUUUGGAUCUUCUUACAAGGCCGUGAUGGCUAAUGGAGUGGCAGUGGUGGUGAAGAGGACUAGAGAAAUGAAUGUUCUGGAGAAAGAUGAUUUUGAUGCAGAGAUGAGGAAGCUUACAAAGCUUAAACACUGGAAUAUAUUGACCCCUUUAGCUUAUCAUUUCAGAAAGGAUGAGAAACUAGUGAUCUCUGAGUAUGUUCCAAGAGGCAGUCUAUUGUUUUCCCUGCAUGGUGAUAGGAGACCAUCACAUGCUGAGCUAGAUUGGCCAGCACGUAUGAAGAUUGUACGAGGAAUUGCCGAAGGAAUGCAUUAUCUUUACACAGAACUUAGUUCCUUGGAUCUCCCACAUGGCAAUCUCAAGUCCAGCAAUGUUCUCCUUGGACCAGACAAUGAACCAAUGCUUGUAGAUUACGGGUUCAGCCACAUGGUUAACCCUUCAAGCGCUGCAAACACACUAUUCGCUUACAAGGCACCAGAGGCAGCACAACAUGGCCAAGUUUCGCGUAGUUGUGAUGUUUACUGUCUCGGGGUUGUGAUAAUUGAGAUACUAACAGGAAAGUACCCUUCUCAAUAUCUCAGCAAUGGAAAGGGUGGAGCCGAUGUGGUGCAAUGGGUUGAAACUGCAAUCUCUGAGGGAAGGGAAACAGAAGUGCUUGAUCCUGAGAUUGCAAGCUCUAGGAAUUGGCUUGGUGAGAUGGAGCAACUCCUCCACAUUGGUGCUGCUUGCACUCAAAGCAACCCUCAGCGGCGGUUAGACAUGGGAGAAGCCGUUAGAAGGAUAAAGGAGAUUAACACUGAGGGUGGACAAGAAUCAAGAACAAUAGAGGAGACAUGGAACCAAGGGUAUCAUGAUCAACAAUCACAGAGGAGACAUGGAACAAACAGCUUCGAUAAUAUUCAGUUAAUGUAA